AUGCGUUUCUUCAUCGUGACUUCGCUCCUGGCUGCUCUGGCUGCUGCCACCAGUACCGACAAUGACUUCAGCAACCCCGCUGGUGGUUACUCCUUCACUGCUGGAUCUUCUACCACCCUGACUUGGGACCACAAGGUUGGCAGCACCGUCACCCUGCGUCUGCAGUCCGGUUCUAUCACCACCGCUACCUCGGGAACUGUCAUUGCCUCCAACAUUGACAACACCGGUUCCUUUACCUGGACUGUGCCCAAGAACCUGGUCAAGGGCAAGGAGUACACCAUUGAGAUCAUCAACGACGACGAUACCAGCGAAUACAACUUCCUCCCAUACUUCACCGUCGCUGGUGCCACCGGCGCGGCAUCUACUUCCACCGCUGCCUCGACCACCACUGAGGCCUCGACCACCAGCACUACUGAGGCAUCCACUACCAGCACCAGCACUAGCACCGAAGCCACCACCACCACCACCACCGAGGCUAGUACCACCGAGGCCAGCACUACUACCACCUCCACAGCUGCCAAGACCACUGCCACCACCUUGACCAAGGCUUCCAGCUCGGCUGCUACUACCACCACUUCCUCCGAGUCCACCACCACCGCAUCCACCAGCAGCGCCAGCUCGUCUUCCGCCUCCGCCUCCGCCACCGCUGUGCCCGGUAACGGCGCCGGUGUCAACCGCGUUUCUAGCGCCAUGUUGGCUCUGGUUGCCGGUGCGAUCGCGAUGAUGUAA